UGAUUGGAUGUCACAAUCAGUUGACGAAUUGGAAAUUGGAAGCCGACGAAAUGAUCACAUUGAAUAAAACUUGGUGAAAGUAUGAAAUUAAUUUUAAAAAGGGGACUAAUAUAAAAUGUACGAUUAAAAACUAAAACGUAGUCUUUGGAAACAUUGAUCAUGCUGUCAAGACUACUUCGGCAGUGUCUAUUUAUCCUGAUACAUUUUUUUGUAAAUAUACUUGUUGCUGGUCAGAAUUUAUAUUACCGAUUAUGUGAUAAAAAGUGCAUUUCACCUGAUAAUCAGGUAACGAAGAGAGAUGUUCUAAUGUUAUUGAAUAGUGUGCCAAAUAUGAAGAAGAAGUUGAAACAUUUAGUGGUAUUGGUGGACACGAAUGUACACUCAAUGAGUGACCUGGCACUGUUAGUUAUUUGGAGUCUUAUUGUGGGAAUACCUUUCGUCAGUUUCCAUGAUAUAACAGGUCAAUUAAAAAAAAAUGAGGAAGAUUUAUUUAUGGAGAUAGAGAGAAGAAAGAAAGGUGUUCCAGGAUGCAUUAAAUGGUCAAACAAGCCAGAUUUAAAUGGCUACACAAAUGGAACACAAGCACACACAGUUUAUAUUAAUAUAUUUUCUGAAAGCGAUGGGAGGCUUAAAAUUGCCCAGUGUAUAAAACUUAUCGCUAAAGAGCAUUUGCAAAGUAACAGGUGUUCUGAGGAAUAUACAGCGCAAGAAUUUAGUGAAACCCUUAUGCAUUUAUACCCCUCUAUACCAGAUCCAGAAUUAGUCUUAUACACAGGACCCCUCUGCUCUACAUUUGGUCUCUUACCAUGGCACAUUAGACUCUCAGAAUUUAUCCAAUUGUCUGUUAACCAUAAUAUUAACAUUAAUAGCUAUCUAGGUGCUUUGUAUAAAUACAAUAAAUGUGAUCAAAGAUUCGGCAAAUAACUUAAAAGGAAUUGUUAGAAAUAAGAAAGUAAAAUUGUUAUGUGGACAUAGCUUAAAAUUAGGAAACCUUUCCCAUAUAUACAUACUUCAGUAGUAAAAAAAUAAGUUUUGGAAAUGUUUUAAUAUAACACUUGAACUACUGGACUGAUUUUAGUAAAUUUAUAACCAAUUAAAUAAUCUAGGCCAUGCCCCCUUGGGUUAAAGAAAUACUUAAUUUUACUGGAAUGAUAUUUGUUGAGUUUCUUAGAGCAAUUUAAGAACCUUUGUGUAGGUACUGAACAUGUAAAAAUAUUGUGAUCAUGGUUUGGGAGGUUAUCAGCUGAUAACUAUUACAUUUAGAUAUGCAUGAGUAUUUUGUGAUGAAACAAAACCAAUUUUAUUUUUUAUUUUAACAAAUGCUUUUGCUUCUAAUUUCAAACCUUAUCUACAAAUAGUAAUAUAUCAUUACAGUACAAUUCCUCAUGGUAGUAACUAUUAUUUAUUGAAUGUAAAUUGUAGAUAUAUUUGUACAAAUAUGGAAUAUAAGUUUUAUGCUUAAA